UCCAGAGGUCUCUAGUGUUUCGUGAGUAUGUAAAUGGUUAAAUGGUAUAUUUCAAGGAUUGAUUAGGUUAUUCUGAAAUCUUCUGAAAUAUAUUUUUGAAAUGUUAUUUUGUUGACUUAUAAUUGGAACAGAUAAUUAAUUCUCACCAUGUGGGCUGAAGGUCGUAUUGCCAUUUAUGCAAUUUGUCUACUGAUAUUUCAAAUUAGGCUAUCGAACUCAAGGACUUCUUGGAGACUCAGCACUGAUGGUGUAGUCAAAGCCUCUCAAUUUAUUCUGUCUAUUGAUGAUGAUCCAAUAUUUGAAAUCUUAACCAGUAGCAUUAACUCUAUCAAUGAACAAGGAUGGAGUAAAAGUGGUCCAAUUGAUAGUUCAGAAAAAUUGCAAGUUUAUUGCAAUGAGUUUAGUAAUUUUAUUGCCUCCAAUUCAGAAAGACGAUUUGUGUCAUACACCAUGAUUGACCCACCAAACAACACAGAAUCAGGAGCUUCAAGCUCCUCAGCAUCAAAUGAUCAAAUUGUAUGUGCUGCGGGACAACAGUGUGAAGAUAUUGUCUUGGAUUGUGGGAAACCAGUUAAUUAUACUUACUAUGAUAAUUUAGUGGGAGUUGCUAAUAGAAAUAAACAUCCGUUAGUACCAGAACCACAUGUUGCUCUAAUGUUUAAAAAAGGCAGUACUAAAGUUGAAGAUGUUGACAUUGAUUUGCUUGAAAGACGGUUGAAAAAAGCCAAACGAGAGAAACCAAAGUCAGUACAAUUGUACAAUCAAAUUGGAAACUUUUGGCGUAUAAAGGGUAAUGCCGAACGAUCAAUUGAGUGCUUCAGGAGAGCCCUUGCAGUUUCUCCUCAUAAUGCUGAAGUGUUAUUGAAUUUAGCUAGAGUAUUAUUGGUUCUACAAUACUUGGAUGAUGCAACAUACUUAGCUCGACGGUCUUUGGAGCUCCAACCACCAGAUAGAAAUGCGUGGGAACAGUAUCUUACUUUAGGCCAAAUUUUUAAGGCGUAUGGAUAUUUUCAAGAAGCAGCUGUACAUUUAAGACACGCUUUAGAAUUAAAACCUGACCUUCUAGAUGCUGCUGAAGCACUUAAAGAAGUUGAAGCACUUCCCACUGCGAGUAUACACGUGUAUACAUUAAUAAUAAUCGUGUGUUUGGUUUUAGGAGUAUUACUUGUAGUUUUGAGUACUGUAGAGUGUGAUGAAACUAUAUCAGGAAAUGAUGAUCAUCUUCAACGACCUGUACAACGGAACUUUAAUCGAACAAUAACAAUGCGUAGUUUACGACUUAACGUACCACGCAAUAAACGUUGUUGAUUUAUUUUUUAAUGAUCUUGACGAUUUGCUGAAAUUCGAAAAAUCACGAUACAUAGAUCAAUAAAUUCUAAACAGCCAUGACUUUUAAGUAUUAUUUAUAUCAAUAACAAAUUUAAUAUUUCAGUGUGCUAAUAAUACUAUUUAUUAUAUUCAAUGAACAAACAAAUACAGUACAAUAGAAUGUGAUAGAAAUAAAAUUUAUCUGCUAUAAUUAACUCACCACUAAUAUUCACAAUUAUUCAACUUUUUACAUCUAUCUUUAAGUACUUUAUUAUUUUUUUUUUUUUUAUUUUAAUAUACAGUUGAUGAUUUAUUGAUCGACAAUAAGUAUUCAUACAUUAUUCAGUGUUAACAAUAUAUAACUCUUUCAACGAACAAUAACGUCUAAUAAACAGUUGUCUACAGUAUUUUAUGACUCAUAAGCGUUAAAAUUAAUGGGAUGGGUUGAAAUUAUGAAUGAUUUAUGAAUGAUUAGAUGGCAUAAAGUAUCAUUUAAUAAUUUUUUUAUUUGAAAAUAAUAUACAUGAAAAUGGUAUAAUUUUUGUCAAUUAUUAACUGCAUUCAAAAUA